AUGAGCUCACAUACACUUCCCUCCUUUCCACUGCUGCUCGCUUUUGGUGUGGGCAUGCACACCCUCAUUGCAUACGGCACCUUUUCCUUUUCCAGGGAGAAGCUCUCCAGUUAUGUUACCAUUGAGAGCUCCUACCAGUUUGAUAUCAUUAUAAAUGUCCUUUAUAUGGUUGCCAUUGAUGCAGUGCUGUCAAUCCUCCAACUUGACCGAAACAGCAUUCGCCAAUGGCAUUGGAAAAUCAACACUACCUUGUCUGUUACAUUGCUGAUCUACCAAUUUGGUGGAGACUACAAGAUAUCCAGCUCUGUCAUCUUUGCUCUCCUGAUGGCUGGAAUAUACUACCGAUUCAAGGAUGCCAACCAAACUGCUUAUUUGGUUGGUUUGGUCAAGUAUCUAAAAGGAGGCGAUGACUAUAAUGACAUCACCAUUGGCAGAAACUUCAAGUACUUUCUGCUGACUGUUUGUGAGGUUAUCGUGAUCUACAAUGGAUAUUUCUUCUUCCUCUCCCCAUUGCUGUUUGUGAUUAUCGAUGCAGUAUGGAACCGUGUUACUGGAGUACCCAGGACAAAGAUCUCGGACUACUAUGUGUCUGUGUUUACUGCCAGCAUGGACACUGGUUUGUGGGUUGCAUUGCUUGGAGUUGACACUAUGCCUGACAUGCAUUGGCAAAUGGCUUUGGGGGCUUUUGUCAUCUACCACAUUGGCCUCUCUGUGCUGCUGCUGGUCAACAACAGUGUCAUCUGGCAGUCUUUCAACUUGAUCAACAACAAGUACAGAUACAUGUCAAUGCUGGCAUUCUUCCUUGUCUCUGCGAAUGCGGGGUCACAUGGGCACAGGGUCUUCGUCUUCUUGUUCAAUCUGCUUUCCAAUGUAUUGUUUAUGUAUCUUUCUGCCCCAAUUGUUCCAUACUUCUUGACUGGAACCAAAUACAGCGACAAGGAAGCUGGCAAGGAACAGCUUGUUAUCAAAUUCAAAUCUGUAUAA